UCCAGCCUUUAGACUGUCAGCAAGCUGCUGUUGAUUUUAAACACUCUUUACAUUUUGACUUCUUUUUGGAUUAGUUUUCAUGAAACCAGCAGUUGGUGUUAAUCGUUAGGAGCUAAAGACUUCAACAGCCAUGUUGUUGGCAGAAGCUUGGUGUCUGUUUCUGGGUUUCAUCCUGUACAUCUCAGGGGUUCAGGGAGGAACAAACAGCAUCUGUGCCUUAAAAGGUUCAUCAGUGGAUCUGCCCUGCUCAGCUGAACAUCCCACUUCAAACAUAAAAUGGUACAUUGAACACUGGAAUGGAUAUAAGCAUGUUCUGAAUGAAGUCUCUGCAGAUGGAAAUCGUGUAACGUACAGCAUGUCAGAAGAGCAUCACACAACUCUAACAAUCAAAGAUGUGACAGAGAGUGAUGCAAAGUUUUACUGCUGCAGAGAAAAUACUGACAAACCAGAACUCUGCGGACCAAACAGAACUCAGCUCCAUGUUACAGACCUGCAGGUGAAGGUGAUUCCCACCACAGAGGGACAGACAGUAUCACUGAUGUGUAGCACCAGCUGUCCUCUGACUGAAAACCCUGCAGCCUACAUCUGGUACAAGAACGGAGAGUUUCUCUAUAAGGACUGGUCUCCCUGGUACCAACAGCUGGUCAGCAGUGAGGAAGCAGUCACAUACUCCUGUGCUAUCAAAGGCUACGAGGAUCUCAGAGCCCCUGAAGUCUCAGUGGAUUCUGUCACAUCGACCUGCUUUAGUGUGACCUAUGCUAAAGGGAAAAUGUGUCCUGAUAAGCAGACAUCAGUGGAUGAGCCCUGCUCCAUCACAUAUCCCAGAGGUUAA